AUGAAGAUGAAGGUUGAGGUAAUUGCCAGAGAAACUAUCAAACCAUUUUGUCCCACUCCCACUCACCUUAGAACCUUCAAGCUCUCCCUUCUAGACCAACGUAUUCCUCAUGUUUACAAGUCAAUGGUUUUUUACUAUCCAAUUAAUAGCGGUGGUGAUAGUAGUAGUAGUGCUAGUGAUCAGGAAGCGAUGAUCACUCAAAAAUCGCAACACUUAAAGCAAUCGCUCUCUCAAAUCCUAACUUGCUUCUACCCAUUUGCUGGAAGAAUCAAAGACCACCUCUCCAUUGAUUGCAACGAGGAGGGUGUUGAUUAUUUCGAAUCUCGAGUCGACUGUCCUAUCUCUGACGUUCUCGAACACCCCAAUCAUGAAACCGUGAUGAGUUUCGCUCCGACCACCGAGCCGACAGAGCUCGGCAGUAAGCUCCUCGUUUGUUACUCGUUCAAGCCAACUUCUUCAAAUGCGGAGGGUUAG